UCUUCACCAAACCUCAUCAGGAGCUGCUCAGCCGAGUCGCUGCCUUCACUCACGCGCAGAAGCUUCUUCGAGCAGAGGGUAUCCACGCGCCUUCACGUCAGCAGUGCCCGGUGGUGCUUUCGGUGGCUCGUUACAAACGAUGUGAGUUAUAUGAAGUAGUAAGUGUGUCAUAUAUUUAUUAUCAUACUAAGCAGAUUUACUGCACGUCCACUAACUACACAUUUACCCGUGUAUGGCUAUUGUCAGUACAUGUUGCUCGUUGUAAACUUUUUUUUUAAAGUGUGUAACAUUCACAUUGGUAUUACUGAUGAUAACGUGGAUGAUUCCAGCAUACCUGACAGGCACUUUUGACUUUGUGUACAUAGUUGAUUUUGUAAAGCACCUCGCAUUGCAUUCAUAAUCAAGUUCACUGACCGACUAUCCCGCAGUGCUGUUUUUGUGUAUUCUUGUUUCAUCCACUUUAAUAAAGUGUCCUCUGUUACAGUAACAGUGAGUUGUGGAAUCACUUAAUGCAUGCCUAAGUUUAGCUUUAAUCUGCCUUAGACUUACUGACCUUCUUUGAAUCAGCAUCACAAUAAUCCUAAGAGCACUGACAAAACAUACAAGUAUAAAUAAGUAAAAUAUAUAGAAAGAGAAAUGUGUUUGAUAUGUUUUUUAUUAAGUUACACACUAAUAGCAUUCUCUGCCAGCAGGCUCACAAGACACAACUAUGUAGAACCAGACCAGAACCAAAGAAGCAAUGUGUACAGGCAGGUGGCAAAGUUUGGGAAGUAUUUGUACAACACAUGCCUCCCCAACAGCUUCAGUGUUUCCUGGAAUUGAUUAUCUGUCUGUUAUGUCAGUCAAAUUUCCCCCAGAUAGUCUUGGUUGAGCUCUGGUGACUGUGAAAGCCAUGAUAUAUGAUCACGCCAUUUUCAUAAUCAAUUAUUCAGUGACCCCUCUUCAAUUGGAGAUAUCAUCAGAAUUUCAGGAGUGGGACCACUCCUCCUUCACGCCCCCUCCGGCCUCAGGCUAUAAAAGCCCCCCCCCUUCACCAAUACCUGCUGUUCUCAUUUUCAUGCCCCCCCCCCCUCCAUUUUCCCUCUCCUCUCCUCUCCUCCUUUCCUUUCCUUCAUUCAUUUCUCGUUAGUACAUGGGGAUCUGCCCGGCCCGGAAGCCGUUGCCAGUCCCUUUCGAGGCCUUCCCCAAACCGCAGCACCAGUUCACACUUCCUCGUCCCUCAUCGCCCAUCGUUACCGAGGAUGUGGUCCCAGCUAGUGAAAUACUCAUUCACAGGACAAAGAUAAUCUCUCACAGCAACUUUGUACUGCUUUUUCGACUCUUUUUCCUUUGCUGCCUAACAUGGCAGCAAAGUGCAACAAUCUCUCUCCGUGUAGGGGUCAAGAGUUCAGGUUAUGCCUUUAAUUUCUUGCCUGUCUGUAAAUGACAGUGUCAUGGUAUGAAUAAUCCUUCAGAUUUUACCAGUAUAACAGUAAAACAAUUACAUUGUCUCAUCGGGACAACCUAAAAGACUCCUUAUGCCUAGUCUUUGCACAUCAUAACACAGAAGAGAAGAAAGCAAUUCUCAACUUCUGUUCAUUUCAGGGGAUUUUCCAACCUCUUUUGGUUCAAAAGAGCCAAAGGAAAAUCCUCAUCAAUGUUGGAGUAAAAACUAGAAUAUACAUUAUCAGUGUAUACUGUAUAUACACUAAUAAUGCUUACUGUUGUCAUUGUGAACCAGUCAAAAUAAAUAAAUAACACACUGGGCUCAUGCUGAAGACCACAGACGGCAGUCGGAGCAUCAGGCGGAAUAAAGGAGCUGGAAACAUCACCUGAUAAAGGAAAAAAGACAACGGACCGAAUGAAAAACAGAAGUGUCCUUCAUUGCACAUUUUUGACCAAUCAGAAGUCCCCUUCUUUCCCAGUCUUUCACUCUAGACUUUUGACCAAUCACCGAUCAGGACGAAUUCCACUACCGUAUGGUCCAUCCCCUACAACAGAAUAUGUUGCGGAGGAGUUGCUAUUUCAGUCCUCUUGGGUGAAUCCUCACGACAUUUACUCUUUCAUCUCCCUGCCAAACAGGUUUUUCCAGGAAGCCCUGCUUCGAUGUUUCAUGGAAAUUGUCCUUUCCAUGUUGGGUGGCCAGAGUUUGAAAGACUGGACUAUAGAGCCAUCUCUUCAAAUUAAAACGACAACACUCGUGGUCAAGUUUUGGACAGGAAGAAUCCCUGAUCAAGACAUUGAAUUAUAUUUGAAAAGAUAUUGUGAUGUGCUACAUCCACCUAUUAAAUUAAAUUAAAUGGAUAAAUUCGGCCUGUGGUACGGGGUACGGAAGUUUAAAGUUCGUCUGCGGAGGGAUGAGGAUGGACAUCUCAUCCAAAUUCCAAACUCCAUCUCCCUGGGCCUGUACAACGGUUGAGUUAUCUAUCCCAGGCUAGCGGCUAGAUGCUUCAUUUGCCAGGCUUUGGAUCACCAAGUAAAAGAAUCAGAAAUACUUUAUUAAUCACGAAGGAAAUUAUGGGUUACAGCAGGCAGCAUGCUGGUUGGCACAUGCGCACUAACAAAGGAGCCCUCCGACCAAACAUAGUUUACACAACAUCACAUUGGGGAGACAGGUCCGAGAGGUAGGCUGAUAAGAAAAACAAAAGUACACAACGAGGUGAGAGGAGGAGAAAAAAAAGCUCCACCCAGACUGAGCUCCUAAUGGGAGAACAGUUUGGGAACAGAAAAUACACCUCAGCACAGAAAAGCACAUGAAUCUUAAUACACCAUAGAAGCAAAUGACAAGCAACAGUUGUGGGUACGGGGUGACAGUGAGCCGGUGUAGACAGCACAUCCGAUCCUGCAGCAUAUCUGCGCUGGUCCACUCGACCCGCCAUCUGUAUUGGGAGGGGACAAGCAUCGAAGGGGAUGAAAAUAAUUGUUAUUAGUUUUUACUCCUGUUUUUACUGCUGUCUUCAAACAUUACUCAUGAAACCACCCCAAGAUAAUUGUGCGUUUCUUCGAAGUUACUGAAAACUGAACUGAAGCUGAAGUGAACACAAACAGAGGAACAAACUGGCUGAUGUAACCUGACCCAGGCAGCCGGGCAUGACAGCUGUGUUUGCAUAUGGAAAUACACUUGGUUCAGUGUACUGUAAGGACUGAUGAAACAGGGGCUCGUGACCACAAAACAUUUGAGAACCUCUUUUCUGGACUGAGGAGACGGAAGGUUUCCAACUGCAGGCAGAACAGACUCUGUUGGAAGGAUAACAGGUGACUGCAGAUUUUUACCAACAUGGAAAGACCAGACUCUCCUGAGCCUGAGACCAGACCCACAUCUCCACAGAAAUACCGUCCUGACUUUAAAACGAGGAAACUGUCUCCUGAUGCGAAGAUCACUGAGACACCAGAUGCCCCUGAACCUGGACCCAGCUGUGUGUCUUUGAAGAGUGAUCAGUCAAUGGAUAACACCGUCAACUUUAAAGGAACUAAAUCUGCUGUUGCUGAGGAAGCCAAUCAGGAGAGUCUGCAGCAUCAAACCGAUCUGGACUCAGUGUUUAAGAUGCUGGAGGAAAAGAUUAUCACUUUUGUGAAGAAAGAGCUAAAGAAGCUGCAGAAUGAUCUGAAUCCAGAUUAUUCAGAGUGUCAGAGGGAUGAAGAGGAGGUGUUGGACAGUGAGGAAGAGAAGCAGAGAAGGAGCAGCAGAGAGGCAUUUCUGAAACUUGCAGUUAACUUCCUGAGAAUAAUGAAACAGGAGGAGCUGGCUGACUGUCUGCAGAGCAAAAAUCCUGAUCCACUUUGUGAGAAUACAUUUAAAUGUAACCUAAAGAAGAAGUUCCAGUGUGUGUUUGAGGGGAUCGCUAAACCAGGAACUCGAACCACUCUAAAUGAGAUCUACACAGAGCUCUGCAUCACAGAGGGAGGGACCGGAGAGGUCAACACUGAACAUGAGGUCAGACAGAUUGAAAUGUUUUCCUGGAAACCAAACAGACCAGAACCAACAAUCAGGUGUGAAGACAUCUUUAAAGCUUCGACUGGAAGAGACAAACCAAUCAGAACAGUUCUGACCAAAGGAGUGGCUGGCAUCAGGAAAACACUCCUGACACAAAAGUUCACUUUGGACUGGGCUGAAGACAAGACCAACCAGGACAUCCAGUUCAUGUUUCCAUUCCCAUUCAGAGAGCUGAAUUUACUGAAGGAUAAAAAGUUCAGCUUAGUGGGAUUUAUUCAUCACUUCUUUACUGAAAUCAAAGAAGCAGGAAUCUGUAACUUUAAAAAGUUCAAAGUUGUGUUCAUCUUUGAUGGUCUGGAUGAGUGUCGACUUCCUCUGAACUUCCACAUCACUGAGAUCCUCACUGAUGUUACAGAGUCCACAUCAGUGGAUGUGCUGCUGACAAACCUCAUCAGGGGAAAGUUGCUUCCUUCUGCCAACAUCUGGAUAACCACACGACCUGCAGCAGCCAAUCAGAUCCCUGCUGAGUAUAUAGACAUGGUUACAGAGGUCAGAGGGUUCACUGACCCACAGAAGGAAGAGUACUUCAGGAAGAGACUCAGAGACAAGGAAGAGGCCAACACCAUAAUCUCUCACAUCAAGACAUCACGAAGCCUCCACAUCAUGUGUCACAUCCCAAUCUUCUGCUGGAUCACUGCUACAGUUCUAGAGAGUUUGUUAAAAACCAAACAGGCUGGAGGACAGCUGCCCAAGACACUGACUGAGAUGUACAUUUACUUCCUGGUGGUUCAGACCAAAGUGAAGAACAUCAAGUAUGAUGGAAGAGCUGAGACAGAUCCUCUCUGGAGUCCAGAGAGUAAGAAGAUGUUUGAAGCACUGGGGAAACUGGCUUUUGAGCAGCUGCAGAAAGGAAACCUGAUUUUCUAUGAAUCAGACCUGACAGAGUGUGGAAUUAAUGUCAGAGAAGCCUCAGUGUACUCAGGAGUGUUCACACAGAUUUUUAAAGAGGAGAGAGGAGUAUGCCAGGACAAGGUGUACUGUUUUGUCCACCUGAGCAUUCAGGAGUUUUUAGCUGCUCUUUAUGUCCAUCUGACAUUCACCAACUCUGGUGUCAACCUGCUGGAAAGGAAAAAAAUGGCAUCAGUGCAGACUGGAGAGUCUUUAGUACAAAAUUUCUACCAGAGUGCUGUGGACAAGGCCUUGAAGAGUCCAAAUGGACAUCUGGACUUGUUUCUUCGCUUCCUCCUUGGUCUUUCGAUGCCAUCCAAUCAGGAUCUCCUACAAGGCCUGCACACACAAAAAGGAAACAGCUCACAGAUAAAUCAGGAAGCAGUCAAGUACAUUAAAGAAACAAUGAAUGGCAAUCUCUCUCCAGAGAAAAGCAUCAAUCUGCUCCACUGUCUGAAUGAACUGAAGGAUGACCCAAUAGUGAAGGAGGUCCAGCAUCACCUGAGUUCAGGACACCUGUCUAAAGUUAAUCUCUCUCCUGCUCAGUGGUCAGCUCUGGUCUUCAUCUUACUGUCAUCAGAAACGGGUGAGGAUGUGUUUGACUUGAGGAAAUACUCAGCUUCAGAAGAGGCUCUUCUGCAGCUGCUGCCAGUGGUCAAAGUCUGUAAGAAAGCCCAGUUGAGUGGUUGUAACCUCACAGAGAGAAGCUGUGAAGCUCUUUCCUCAAUUCUAAGUUCUCAGUCCUCCACACUGAGAGAGCUGGACAUCAGUAACAACAACCUCCAGGAUUCAGGAGUGAAGCUGCUUUGUGUUGGACUUGGGAGUCCUCACUGUAUGCUGGAAACUCUCAGGUUGUCAGGCUGUCAGAUCACAGGAACAGUCUUCACCUCUCUGGCCACAGCUCUGCGCUCCAAUCCCUCCUAUUUGAAAGAGCUGGACUUGAGCUUUAAUCACCCAGGAGACUCAGAAAUGAAGCUUUUGUCUGCUCUAAAGGAGGAUCCACAUUUUAAACUGGACAUACUCUGUGUGGAGCCUCAAGGAGUCCGGUGGAUGAGACCAGGUCUAAGAAAAUAUUUCUGUGAUCUGAUGCUGGAUCCAAACUCAGCACACAGGAACCUCAAACUGUCUGACGAGAAGAAGGAGGUGACACAUGUGAAAGAAGACCAGCUGUAUCCUGAUCAUGAUCAUAGGUUUGAUCACUGGCCUCAGCUGCUGUGUACCAACAGUCUGAGUGGUCGCUGUUACUGGGAGGUCGAGUGGAGAGGAGAAGUUCAUGUUGCUGUAACUUAUGGAGGAAUCAGACGGAAAGGAGAAGAGGAUGAAAGCAGGUUUGGAAGGACUUAUCAAUCCUGGAGUCUCUACUGCAGGGACAAAAGGGGUUACUAUGGAAAUCAUGAUUACAUAGCAAGAGCCAUCCCUCUGCUCUCCUCACCUCUCUCUCACAAAGUAGCAGUGUAUGUGGACUGUUCUGCAGGAACUGUGUCCUUCUACAGUGUCUCCUCUGACAAACUGAUCCACCUCCUCACCUUCAACACCACCUUCACUGAACCUGUAUAUGCUGGGUUUAGAGUGACGCCUGAUUCUAGUAUCCACCUCUGUGCUGACUCAGAAUAAUAAACUUACUGUGGUGUUUCAUACUUUUUCGUAGUUAAAUAUUGUGAAUGUUAAAUAUAUCAGGUAAAUUGUCUCAUACAUUGUACAUAUAUUAGUUUGGUUUGCAGUCCAGAGUUGUUGGAUUAGACUGAUUCUCCUGAAAAAAAUAUCUUUUAUCAUCUUAUUGUCUUUGGUGCCUUUUUUAAGAGCAGUUAUCAGUUUCUAUUAAUAUGUUACAUUUUAAAUACCCACAGGACCACUUUAAAAUCUGUUGCAUUACUGUCAUCAAACAUUCUAUUUCUUCCAUUAUACCCAAAUCUUUGGAACAGAAAAUUUAGACAUUAUAGAAUAGAAUAGAAUAGAAUAGAAUAAACCUUUAUUAUCCCACGGAUGAGAACUUUCAGUGUUACAGUGCUCUUACAGCAAGGGAAAAUAAAAUAUGAAAGGAAGACACAAGGUUGUCGUUAGACGUUGUUGGGCUUUGUGAGGAGGAGAGCUGCAGGGUUUAAAUAUUUGUGUUUAGGCUUCUUUAAUUUUUCACGUUGCACAACUCCACAUUUGUGUUUCUCUCUGUUCUUAUGCAAAUUAAGUAACAUUUCACUACAAUUAAUUCCUGAAAAAAGGCGAUAUCACCACCAUGUGACCAGUUUUCACAACAGUUGAUCCAGAUGGUUCUGGAUUCAUAAACACUUUAUUCAUCUGUGUUGAGCCAAAUGCAGCUUCAAAAACUUAUAUUGAUAUAAGUGCAGUUUAUGGAGGUUGUAACUGGAAGCUUUGGAGACAUCCCUCUUCAUUUCAUGUUCAGUAAAAACAGUCUGACUUAUAGAUGACCUCCAGUCUGUGUUUUAUGACUGAUCUAAGGAGCUUGGAAAGAAAAGCGUCUGGACUUAUUUAACUUAACUUAAAGAAGAUGACCUGGAUGACUGAGAACCUUCACAGACAUAUUUCUAGACUGAUCAGAAACUGUUUUAUAAUCUCAGAGUUGGAUUUUUGUUUUUUUGUUUUUUCUAUGUUAAAAAACACAAUCCUGAGUUGUAACAGAAAAGUUAAGGUGAAGAAAAAAAAAACUAGAUGUAAACAGCGGGAUUUUUUCUUGUUGACUUGUUGCAUAUGAAACAAACACUGAGGUAGUGCCAGUGUAUAAGGUGUUUACUUCUCCCAUGUGCAAACAAACGUGUGUAAUUAACUUUAAACCUUUGUUGUUUAAAUAUUCUCCAAUUGAAUUUAAAAACAGCUGUUUUUUUUAAAGUCAAAAGUAAAAAUUGAAAUUAAAUUUAAUUCUAAAAUGCACUGGAAGCCAAUGAAGGGAAACAAGCACCGGAGUAAUAUGUUGGCGUCUCUUCACACGAGUCAAUGACUAAUGACUAAUAUUUUCUAUGUGUUGAUACAUUUGAUUUUUGUGAUAGAAACUGUGGUUUUGGGGUUUGUUUCAUUUAAUGUUAGGGGUGAUAACCACUGUAAUAUGUUUACAUGCUUUGUAAAGUUUUUGUGUAUGUCAGGAGAGAGACCUGACUGGAACGCCAAACUUUGAUUACAUGAACAGUCACACACUCACCUUGAUUGCUGACCAAUCAGAAGAAAGCUUCCUGAUGGCGUGAACCCCAGUCUUCAGAGCUUGUGUCCCAGCUCUGUAGAGUAACUGAUCUUCAUGAUGAGUCUUAAUCUCCUCAUGGUGUUAUUUUAACUUUGAAAUAUUUAAUUCAUCAUUUCACUUUAUUUUACUUAUUUUGUUUAUAUUUCCAAUGUUUACAUUUUCUAGCUUUCAUAAUUUAACUGAUCAUCCAAAACAGAACUUUUUCCCACCUGGGAUUAAUAAAGUAUUCAAGACUCAA